AAAUUGUUCUCAUUUUUUAAAAAGUUUAAAUAAUAGUCUCUCUUUCUCUCUUUGUAUAUAAAUUCAUCGCUACAUUUGUGUUGUGAAAAUCGAUAAUAUUGACCAACACAAUAAUAAUAAUAAUAAUCAUAAUGAGUGCCGCCGUAGACAAUGAAUUCAAACAAUUGAUUAUCGGUUUAACUGAACGCCUAAUCACUGCCAUUAACGCCGCCGACUACGACUCGUACACCAAAUUAGUUGACCGCAAUCUGACCUCAUUUGAACCCGAAGCCGUCGGCAAUAUUGUUGGCGUCGAGUUUCACAAGUUUUACUUUGAUUACUUGUUAGCCAAAGACAAAGCGCCUAAACGGACAUCAAUAUUGUCACCAGUGGUCCAUAAAUUGGAUGCAAACAGUGCUGUCAUUGCAUAUGUAAGGCUCAACCAAUCUGUCGACAAAGAUGGAAAUGUUGUGACCACACGGGGAGAGGAAACCCGUGUAUGGCAUAAAAAAGAUGGUCAAUGGCUGUUACUUCACUUUCAUCGCUCCGAUGUUCACCUAUAA